UCAUUCAUGGAAAAUCAAGAGAUCAUGGACUCUCUCUCUCUCUCUCUCUUAUCAGAAUCUCAGGGUGGGAAUGCUUGUAUUUCUUCUUACCAAACCUGCGAUAGGAUAUUUGAUCAGAUCCUGCUUAUUGUUGGUAACAUAAACUACUAUGAUAUUAGAAAGCAAUGCGAGGGAUCCUUGUGCUAUGACUUCUCAGCCAUGGAGACAUUCCUUAAUGAGAAAUCAGUCAGGUAUGCACUUGGGGUUGGAGACAUAAGCUUUGUCUCCUGCAGCGCUGAUGUGUAUAUGGGGAUGAUGGAAGACUGGAUGAGGAAUCUGGCAGUCGAAAUUCCUGAGCUGCUUGAGGAUGGUAUCAGGGUUCUUUUGUAUGAAGGGGAGUAUAACCUCAUAUGCAACUGGCUUGGAAAUUCCCUGUGGGUUAAUGCAUUGAAAUGGUCUGGCCAGAAAGAGUUUCGGGCAGCUCCGACUGUUCCUUUUGUAGUUGAUGGUAAAGAAACCGGAGAGCUGAAGACUCAUGGCGUUUUGUCUUUCCUCAAGGUCCAUAAUGCAGGUCACAUGGUUCCAAUGGAUCAGCCGAAAAUUUCCCUGCAGAUGCUAAAUAGCUGGAUGCAAGGAAAAUUGGCCGUGGAUGCAUCGAUUUUGGAUGAAGCGUAAAAACUUCAUUGAUCCAAAACUGUUAUUUACGUUUAGCCAGUAGGCGCGUUGCCAUAGCAGCCAUGUAUGCAUCCAUAAGGACUGCCCCCAAGUAAUGUCCCCAAUGCCAUAACCAAAAGAAAAAGCAAUCUACUGA